CUGGGUGCAGUAGCAGCUGUGCACAAGACCUAAGCAGGGACAGGUAGGUAAGUAGCUGUCUAGGAAAUAAUACUCAAGUUGAAGCAAGCAGAAACACAUAGGAGACACAACGACCAAGACGUGUGAGUCUACGUAUUUGGACAUUUCUCAAGUACUUUACAAGGAUUGCGCUACUAUUGACGCAUUCCUGUCCUUGUUCUCUUAUGGCAAAGCAUGGCAUGGUCCCCAAACCCCUUCGCUCUGCCUUUCCCCACCUUCAGAUGCGCCGAGUCUCGAUGAAUCAUUGACCAAAUAUCCCAAUGAAUCCAGGAAGAAGCAUAAAACCCCCCUCGAGCCCGACGGGAAGAAAUCUUUGGCGAGUCGCCAUUGGAAGACAUGUCGUUCGCCAGGCGCAAUUCGUCCCAUAUGUACAAUGCAGCAGUCCCGAUAUCACUCUCCCUCUCCGGAUCUAGUGGUGGCCUUCACCGUGGCCUCCUUCCGCAUGUGCGUGAUCGUCCUUCAAGAACAUGUACUCAUAUCCGCAGUAUGCCGCAAAUGCCACACUCGCAAUGCCCAAUCCGGGGAAGGCGGAUUUGAAUCGGUUCCAUCGCGUGAACUGUCCAGCGUAUCUCCAGGCUUCUCUGCACGCAGCCCAUUAGCGUCAAUUGCACUCAAUUGACUCAAGAUUCGAUGUGCCUACCUCCUCCGCCAUGGAUCGUUCGCUGGAGAGCCUGAGGAUGCUACGAAGGCUCUGGGGUCGAAGCCAGUGAGGUUUGCCCGAGGGGCUCUGCGGAUGCUGUAUGAGGGCUUAGUAUCGCAGAAAGCUUAAACGUGGCAGUAAGAAUAUAUUGAACACCUACUGCGUGAGUUGCAUUUUGUCAGAUCUGAUAUUGUACACAAGGCUGUAUCAGUAUUGCAGUUGAGGCUUCAGGGCUCGCCCUCUACUUGGAGCCGCCAGGUCGGGACUUGGCGCGCUAAACCUUAAACUUGGUCCUUAGUAAGCAAAUCGCGAUAUCGAAGGCCAAUCACACUCACCCGACAAUCGCGGCGGCCCACUGCACUACCGACGAAGGAGCAAGACCAAGCGAGUGGCAUCAACAUCGCGACCCAACCCAGCCAACAAACUCAAGGACUGAACUCUGAAAUCUUCUGCUGCGGCCACUCCAGUAACAGCCACCCUAACUCAUCUACGCUCUCGCCAGCAUUUCACUUACCUCCUCGCGCGCAUCUCGUCUUCAUCCCACUUCGCACGUUCGUCCAAGGUCACGCAGCGCCUAUGAAAACCGUAUACCUCCCUCGACCAUUCCGGACUAGCAUACAUAGCACACUGAUUCAAAAUGGCUCCGGGGAUGCAACGCUUCGCCGGCGCGCCCAAUAAUCUCGCCCAUUACCAGCAGCAAUAUCCGAGUCACUCUCAGGGCCAUACGCCAGUCCUUCCUCCCCCCUCCCUCGGCAAUCCUGGUUUCAUGAAUGCCAAUUCCAUGAACAGUCCCUUCGCAGGAAAUGCUAUAGGCGUAGGAAACUUUGGUGGCUCUGGCUUAGGAAUGCCAGGCGGAAUCGGGCUGGCAAGUCAGGAAGCACAGAGGAGUUUUGCCGGCGCGUCAGUACACCAACAAGGACACAACGGCAUGAGUGAACACGGCACGAGAGGGGUUGCGAAAACGGGCAGGAUACGAGAGGUGUGGAAGAGCAAUCUGCAAGAGGAGAUGGGCAAUCUGCGAAACUUGGUGGCCAAGUAUCCUUACAUUGCAAUGGUGAGAAGGUGUUGCCCGCCAGGAGAGAACCUUCGUUGACUGACAUGCCACCAGGACACCGAAUUUCCAGGUGUUGUAGCGCGGCCGAUGGGAGCUUUUAAUGGCAAGAGUGACUAUCAUUACCAGUGUCUACGAUGUAACGUGGAUUUAUUGAAGAUAAUUCAACUCGGCAUCACCUUGUUCAACGAAGAUGGCGAGUCGCCCCCAGCAUCAAUGGACCCUAACGAUAUGCCUGUGCCUGGACGAAAAUACGGUUCAACUCAACAGAUUCCGCAUACAUGGCAGUUCAAUUUUAAAUUCUCUUUGCAGGAUGACAUGUAUUCACAAGCUUCCAUCGAAGCCCUCCAAUCCGCCCAGGUCGAAUUUGAUAGGCUCGAUAAGGAGGGUAUUGACCCGUUCGAUUUUGGUGCUCUAUUAAUCAGCUCGGGGUUAGUUUGUGACGAGGACGUUCGGUGGAUAUCGUUCCAUGGUGGUUACGACUUCGGAUAUCUCGCCAAAGUACUUCUGCGACUACCUUUACCAGACGACGAGGCGGAGUUUGACAAGCUCAUGAAAAAGUUCUUCCCCAGUAUCUACGACAUCAAAUACUUGAUGAAAUACGCCAUCCGACAACAUUCUCAAGGCCAACUAACUCUUCCACAAGAGGGUCAGACGAUUCUGUCGGCAUUUGAAUUAAAACAAGGACUCGAGAGCCUUGCUGAAUCCUUCAAGGUCAAACGACUGGGCCAAGCGCAUCAAGCUGGUUCGGACUCAUUAUUAACUGGCAAGGUUUUCUUCAAGAUGAGAGACAAGAUCUUCAAGGGUGAUAUUAGUGAUGAUCAUAUAGGAAAGGUAUGGGGAUUGGGAUUACCCGAUCAUGGUGCACCUCCCCAAGCUCAUUCUACUCCACAACACCAAUACAAUCAACUCCAGGAAAAUACCACCCCCCAGCAAAAUGGGAAUAGCUACACAAAUGGCACUCCAAGCACGCCCAAUACCAGCAACGCAGGCCUAGCAGCAACCCCAUCACAUAUCAACAAUGGAGGACUUGGAGGGCCAUUAACACCAGGAGGCGCUUUCGGUGCUUUCUCAUAUGGUGGUAGUAAAUAGGGAAGGAAAAUAAUGCAUAUCAGAUAGCCUCUUUUUUCUUUCUUUGGGAGGUGGGAAAAGAUACCUGCUGGUUUGGCUGGUGGUUGGGUGACUCUUUUCUUUUCUGCUCUCACUUAACUGGAGUUUGGACUUGGGCGUGACUUUGAUGUGUGGAACCUGGACUGAACUGGACUGGACUGGCUAGCACGGGGAGUUGGUGC